AUGGACGAUCAGCGCGUGUUAUCUAGCCGAGUGACCUCGAAGUUUAUGAAUCUGCAUUCAGCUAAAAGCAACGAGCGGACAUCCACCUCCGACACUGAGCCCUCUGUGCUAGCCUUUGCGAUGGUCGACCUCAGCGGGCUGCGCUCAAAUCCUCGUCCUUCUGCCAAAGGGGCGGCGUUACAAGCUUCGCGAAGGGCCAGCAGCGUACCCCCGGCGGGGAGCUCGAAAAGGCCUGAAUGGCUCGAGUCGGUUGCGUUGGCCACCCCCAGAAAGCGCAGUGAGCUUUCGCCGCUCCUCUCAGUGAAUGCACUGGUGCUCACGAGUGCGUCCGUAGAACUAGCUGCCUUAGCGUCGCACACGGAGAGCAGGCAGUCCCAGGCGACGACGCCACGGAUGUCACGUCCUCCAGACCCACGACGAAGGUUACAGGCUGAUGCGCGCACACCGAAGUCCGCGACGAGGAGGUCCACCGCGAACGAGCCUAAAGCAGCCUCAUCCACCCUACGCACUACGCGCAAGCGUGCACGCACGUCGUCUCCAUCGCCGCAACUUGCCAAGAAGACAAGGAGAGUGUCGCGCACGCAGGAUGACGACGAUGCAACGGAUGAAGACACCGGUCUUCUCACGCCCGCGCCGUCCUCUCAGAGCGUGUCCGUAUCAAGGCUUCCCACACGAAGCCAGCGUGCGUCGUCUCGCUCGCGCACAGCUGUACCAGUUCCCACUGCAGGGAACAAGGGCAAGGGCAAGGCGGUCCUCCGUGAAGAGCCAGUAGACCAUGAAUCUGCCGACGCGAGCACGCCGCAGAGACCCGAGCCAGAGCGUCCGACUAAACGGCGGCGCAGAGCAUCCCCCGCUGCCUCCGUCGACGGGGAAUUCGGGGCGGGCACGUCGUCGCAACCUGUCUCCCUCUCGCACACGAUUGCUGUGGACGGUCGUGGAGACGACGAGGACGUGGGCUCUGAGGACGACGCCAGCUUCCAACUUCUGGACAUACCCGAGGUUGCUGCCUUGCCAUGGGUCGCCAACACGUCCUCUCCAACUAGCCGGCACCACGCCAGGACAGCCAGCCUGUUCCUGCCGCCCGGCGUGUCGGAGCUCAUCGAAGGCAUGAAGCGCGCGCUCGACCUGGAGACCAGAGCGCGCCGGCGGGCCGAGGACCGCUACACAGAGGAGGUCCAGAGGCGCGUGGCGGCAGAGCGCGCGACCGCGGCGCUCGUGGAGCAGAACAGGGUGCUCGACGCGGAGACGCGGGUGUGGGCGCAGGCGGCAGCGGACACGUUCGCGCUCUCGCUCGCGUCUCAGAUAGCGGAUGGACCGCAGGAGUCGGGCUCGACUGCGACGCAGCCGCUCGAUGGGGCGGCCGCUGAUGGUUCGGCGGACCCUGCAGAACCACCUAUGGCGACGUCCUCUGCAGAUGCGAAGGGCAAAGGCCGCAUGCCGGUGCGCGACUCGCAGACCCCGGUUACAGGGGCUUCGUCUACUGUUCUCGAACGUGCAGCCGCUGUGUCGGAGUUCUUUCAGCAAUUGGUGCCCUUGCCAUCCCGAGAUACCCCAGACGAAAGCUGA